CGGAAGAGGAAGACUGGAAGAGGAAGAGCGAUUUUAACAUUUGCAAGUACAUUUUAAGUAAAAUCAGGAAGUAGAAAAUUAGUCUGUCAGUGCAUCAGCUCAUGCAGUUUUGUCUGACUCUGCUCACUCACUGAUAUGGCUGUUUAUCUCCGUGUUCUUCUCAUCCUCACAGGACUAACAGGCAUUCACAGCAUAACAACAGUCAGUGAUGUGUCAGUGAAGACUGGAGGCUCAAUCUCCAUCCCAUGUCUCUAUGACUCACAAUACAGAAACCAUGUGAAAUAUCUGUGUGAAGGAUAUUAUUUUGCCUACUGCACUUAUGCAGCUAAAACAAACCAACAAAAUUCCAGAAAGUUUUCAAUCUCUGAUGACAAAAACCAAAGAAUCUUCACUGUGACUAUAAAUGAUGUGAGCGGUGCGAACACUUAUUAUUGGUGUGUUGUGGAGAUUAACAAUGGGGGAGAUGUCCGACAGUAUUUUCACCUGUCAGUCACUGGAGAUCGACCCAGUCUCUCUGUGGACAAUCAGAAGGUAACAGGAUUAAUUGGAGGUGAUAUAACCAUCAAUUGUUACUAUCGCAAUUCUGGAGAAAUGAAGUGGUGCAAGCUGGGCAGUUCCUGUGUUACAUCGUCAUCAGGGUCAAUUGGUGGAACAACAGGGACCAUCAAUGCGAGUGUCCCAAAUGUUUUCACUGUGACUAUGAGUGGACUGAAGUUAGAGAGCAGCGGCUGGUAUUACUGUGUUAAAGGAGACUUACAGAUGCCAGUGCAUGUAACUGUUUUGGAGAGACCUUCCACCACCACUGCAGAAAGCAAUCAUGUAACUGUUCUGGAACAGAAAGGCAGUGUUUCAGUUGACCUGAAGAAGUACGUCAUCCCUUUGAGCUUGUUGAUCUUCAUUGUAAUGGUGGCUUUGUUCAUCUUGUUUAUGUUGAGAAGACACAAACAAAAAAAAACAGAAACACCAGCCACAAGAGCGGCUGAAGAGGAAAUAACAUACAGCCAUGUUAAGCACAUAAAGAAACCUACAAACCAGAGGUCAGAUGUUGCAAAUGAUGUGGACGUGACAUACAGUUCUGUGGUUCAUACGAGGAAACAACAUGAACAAAAGAGGUCAGAUGUUGCAAAUGAUGUGGACGUGACAUACAGUUCUGUGGUUCAUACGAGGAAACAACAUGAACAAAAGAGGUCAGAUGUUGCAAAUGAUGUGGACGUGACAUACAGUUCUGUGGUUCCUAAGAGGAAACAACAUGAACAAAGGGUUGAAGAAAACAACGACAAUGUUACAUACAGCACAUUGGCUUAG